AUGCGCGCUUUUAUCGUUUUGUGUUUGGUGGCCGUGGCUUGUGCGGACAAGCUAGGCUACAACUAUAGACCCGUGGGACACUCUAACUCGGGACUAUCAUUUGCUCCGGGCGGCAGCCUUGGAGGCAGCAGCGGCGGCGGCAGCUUGAACAUUGGUAGUGGCGGCGGACUUGAUGGCAUCGAUUUGGGUGGCGACCUAGGUGGAAACUAUGGCAGUCUGGGUGGUAGCACUGGCGGUCUGGGUGGUGGUAACAUUGGCGGUCUGGGUGCUGGAAGCAUUGGCGGUCUGGGUGCUGGAAGCAUUGGCGGACUCGAUGCUCCUGUCUCCUACAAUCCUGCGCCUGUGUCCGAUCUGAACAAGGAGUUCUACACCUUCAGUGCCAAUGAGGAUGACUUUGAUGAGCCACAGGCUUUGGAAAAGGUCUCCAGCUCCCUGAACAGGGGACUCCGUGUUGUCUUCAUCAAGGGACCAGAGAACCGCGGCCUGGAGAAUGCCGCGUUGGCUCUGGCUAAGCAGGCUGCCGAACAACAGACCGCUAUCUACGUGCUUAAUAAGCAGGCUGAUAUCGGCGAUCUGGCCAACAAAUUGAAUGCCAUUCGUAACAACAACAACAACAGGCCAGAGGUCCACUUUGUGAAAUACCGCACUCCCGAGGAUGCGGCCAAUGCCCAGCGUGCGAUCCAAAGUCAAUAUGACUCCCUGGGUGGUUCCUCGCAGCAGAUUAACGGAGGUGUGGCCAAUGCCCUAAACUUCGCCUCCCAAUCGGCUAUCCGUCAGCCAAAUGCUCGUGUGCCUGAGAACUCCUACCUGCCUUCGUCAAUUCUGCGUCGUCUGCGCAUCCGUUAA